AUGGUGGUCCAAGCUGGGCCCCCGGGGCAAGACCCUAGUGGAAAAAUAAGAACUGGGGUUGUGGCUGACGUGGCAGAGUGCCUGCCCACAGGCGAGGCGGGGGACAAGCCCUCCUUCACCCAGGCUCCUGAGAGCCCAAGCCCCCCACUCUCGCAUCUCCACCCGCGCCUGGCUGGCAGCGUGCAUGCGUGGCCCAGACACGCAGCUGGCAUGCGCAGCUGGGGCGUCCCUCUGGUCAUCACGGCGACCGCGGUGGCCCUGAAGAAGAUUGGCUACGAUGCCUCAGACACCUCUGUGGGUUGGUGCUGGAUCGACCUGGAGGCCGAGGACCGCCUGCUGUGGAUGCUGCUCACCGGGAAGCUGUGGGAGACGCUGGCCUACGUGCUGCUGCCCCUGCUGUACCUCCUUGUCAGGAAGCACAUCAACAGAGCGCAUGAAGCGCUCUCCGAGUACCGCCCCAUCUGCGAGGGCCCCCACCUGCACCUGCGCAGCAUGGCCUCCGUGGCCGACAAGAAGCUGAUCCUCAUCCCGUUCAUCUUCAUCUGCCUCCGGGUGUGGAGCACCGUGCGCUUCGUCCUGACCCUCUGCGGCUCCCCGGCGGUGCAGACGCCCGUGCUGGUUGUUCUACACGGCAUCGGGAACACCUUCCAGGGAGGAGCCAACUGCAUCAUGUUUGUCCUCUGCACCCAGGCCGUGCGCUCGCGCCUUGUCUCCCUCUGCAGCUGCCCCUGCCGUGCCGAGGGCCAGGCCCCCCCUCCUGGGGCACCCGCGCCCCCCAAGCCCGGAGCCCAUCAGGGAUGUGCAGAGACUGGGGACAAGUGA